AAGCCUGUUUGUCUGCGGACAUAAACGCGCAGAAAAGCUGCAGUUUGGUGUCCGACCAAACCCCUCCUCAGCGCCGCGCGAGCCUUAGAAAAACCUUUAUGUCCCUGCACCCGCACUUCGACUUCCACUGGGAUUCUGGUAAUCUGUCACUCAGCGGGUUCGCCGCUGUACCACAGCCCCAUCGCCGUAGGCAGCUGCUGCUUCCUGUAUUGAGGCACCGGGGUCAGGAGCGGAGCCACGCGCGUUCAGCAGUCGUUCCUCGCGGACUGAAACCAGGACGAACUACAGUUUGGAGGCUGUGGUGAAGUGGGCGCCGCCUUUUCGAACCUCGGCCGCAGGUGACUCUUGGACGCGGGGGGAGCUGCUGCUGCGUGUCGGGACUCGGACGUUUGUUGAGGGACUGGCGCGACCUGCUAGCAGCUAAUGGCUAGCAGCAGAUAGAUAUCUAGAAAAUCCAGAUCCUCCGCGGUUCUCAGGAGAACGGUUCUCCUGAUGGUCGCUUUCUCUGAGCUACACUGACAUGCCCCCCCCCUAACGGAAGUGAAAGCUAACGUUAGCCAGGAAACUUAUUAGCCGCUCACGAGCGCCGAACAAGGAAGAGGUGCCGCGCGGCCGCACUGACUGUUCGCUGCCGGAAGGAACCGUGCGGGAACGAUUCCCUGAAAUGGCCCCCAAAAGGAGACCCGUUCCCCUGAACAUCACACCCAUCGGGGAGGGACAGACCACGUCCAACACCAUCGAUGCUGCGUCCGAAGCCAACCUAGAGGCCUUACAGAAGAAGCUGGGAGAGCUGGACCUGGAUGAACAGCAGAGGAAGCGUCUGGAGGCCUUCCUCACCCAGAAGGCUCAGGUGGGAGAGCUGAAGGACGAAGACUUCGAACCCAUCUGUGAGCUGGGGGCAGGAAACGGGGGCGUGGUCAACAAGGUCCGCCACAAGCCCUCGGGUCUCGUCAUGGCCCGCAAGCUAAUCCACCUGGAAAUCAAACCUGCCAUCAGGAACCAGAUCAUCAGGGAGCUGCAGGUGCUCCACGAAUGCAACUCCCCCUACAUCGUGGGCUUCUACGGGGCUUUCUACAGCGAUGGAGAGAUCAGCAUCUGCAUGGAGCACAUGGAUGGUGGAUCCUUGGAUCAGGUCCUAAAGGAAGCCCGGAGAAUCCCUGAGGAGAUUCUUGGAAAAGUCAGCAUAGCGGUGUUGAGGGGGCUGGCUUACCUGCGGGAGAAGCACCAGAUCAUGCACAGAGACGUCAAGCCCUCCAACAUCCUGGUCAACUCCCGCGGGGAGAUCAAGCUGUGCGACUUUGGCGUGAGCGGCCAGCUCAUCGAUUCCAUGGCCAACUCCUUUGUGGGGACGCGCUCCUACAUGUCUCCGGAGAGACUGCAGGGGACGCACUACUCUGUUCAGUCGGACGUUUGGAGCAUGGGGCUGUCCUUGGUGGAGCUGGCGAUCGGCCGCUAUCCCAUCCCCCCACCCGACGCCAAAGAGCUGGAGGCAAUCUUCGGAUUCGCCAUUCUGGACGGAGCCGAAGGAGAGCCGCACACGCAAAGGCCGAGACCCCCCGGCAGGCCUGUGAGCGGACACGGCGUGGACAGCAGGCCGGCCAUGGCCAUCUUUGAACUCCUGGACUACAUCGUGAAUGAGCCCCCCCCAAAACUGCCUCAUGGUGUCUUCACCAGUGACUUCCAGGACUUUGUGACUAAAUGUUUGAUCAAGAACCCGGCUGAGAGGGCAGAUCUGAAGAUGCUGAUGAGUCACACGUUCAUCAAGCGAUCAGAGGUGGACGGCGUGGACUUUGCCGGCUGGCUGUGCAAAACGAUGACCCUGAACCAGCCGAGCACCCCUACCCGCGUCACCGAGUGACUGGACGGAGGCGGGCCGCUGCACGCCGCGGGGCUGCUGUGACGCUGCAGCACGCCAUGGCGGGCUCCUCCCCUCCCUAUCUUAGGUUUUAUUGUUCUGGCUUUCCCUCACGUCUUCUGUCACCAGCAGCAGUUUACAAGCCCCCCCCCCCCCCCCCCCCUUAGCUCCGCCUCCAAGAUGUUGAGUCCCCCACACACACACACAGUUCACAAACUGAUUUUGUAUGGUUGAAUCUUUUCUAUGGCAACAGUGGAGGCUACAUUUCACAAACUCGCUUCAUGACUGGAGCCUGUUUGUCCUGCAGUCACCUGCUCCUCCACCUCCUCCACCUUGCAGGAUCCCGUUGUGGUCCAGGCGUGGCGUUCUCUGCAGAAAUGGCCGCAGGGUCCCGGCGCAUGAAUUCUGACAUGAGAACGCCGCCUGUGGGCCUGAUACCUGCUGUAGGAACGUGAGUUCCAGCUGCUGAUGCUGCUUCAGAACCUGCAGCCUCCUGGAUCUCAGUCUCCUCUCCUGAUGGGACGUUUUCUCCUCGGUUCUUCUGAACGUUCCCCUGAAGCCUCUCUGCUCCUGCUGACGUGGUGCUCCAUGCUUCCUUUCCACCUCCAUCCUGGAAGAAGCUUUGAGCCGAUUUGAAGAUCCAGACCUGGAGAGUGUGGUUGGAUCUUCCCGACCAGCUGACCCAGCCUCGGUCCUGUGUUGUUCUCCUUCCAGCCUCCCGUCCUGCUCGAGCUUUUGUGUUCUUCUGCUUUUGGCUGCUCGUCCUGACAACCCCCAUCCCGUGAUGUGCAGACGGAGUGUUGCACGAAGCGAAAAACAAACCAAAAAACAGGAGUUCUGUUCGGCAGUCUUAACAUUUUGGUCCUUUCGAUUUCUGUAAGAGUCAUUUUAUGCUAAUAGAAGAUGUGUUGGUUCUGGUUCUAAUGUACAAAAAGAUUCCAAUAAAACUUAUUUGUCGAUGUUCUGCCA